UCCCACCACUUUAAACUACCCCCUGAUAAACCCCUGCAUACAACGGAGCAGCCAGUUGGAAUGUGACUCGCACGGAGGCAUCUUGCAGGAAAAGAGUGUUUUCAUACGAAGCCGGAACGAAGAUAGAACGAUUCGUAUGGCACUGGGAGGACUGGGACAGCUGAUGGGAAGCCGCAGACAGUGCGCCAAUGACGGGGUUCCCGUGUGUUCCGGAUAAUUUGCGGUCCCUGGUGGACCAAUUACGUUUGCCGAUAGCGCAGCGAAGACGAAAGGCUGGGGAUCUGUGUGGGCGUCCCGCCGUCAUAUCAGGUGCAAUAUCUGGGAGUAAAAAUAGGGAUUCCCAUUAGAACCACGCCAAUCAGACGCAGUCAGUCGCACUUCAGACUCAAUCGGAGUAACUCGGUACUCGGAGCGCGCUCUGCCAGACACAUCGAAGGAGGCAGUGAAAGUGGUUUUCUUUGGGCAACGUAGCUACGGAUAGUUCCAGAACGAAGGGAGCCAAAUUGAAACAAGUGUUUUUUUGAAGAAAUAUUCCUUGUGAAUGCUAAUGUAACAAAACGAUGGUGCAGCUGCGGAAUGGCAGUCGUAGGACUGCUGCUGGUGCAACGCUUCUGCUAGUGUUAUUGCUCGGUGUGCCCAACGUUGCCGCCAUAUUCGUGCCCAGAAUAUACACCAACGGAGGAGCUGUGGCCAAUGUUACUACUGUACUGCUGGGUGGUGGUUCGUCUGUUGCCGCCAGGGCUACUAUCGACUUUUACCCUCCGAACACAUCCGACACAGCCACGGGGAAUGAAUCUCAGAACGCGUCCGGUUCUCCGUCGAUAUGCAUCGUGACGAGCAGCCUGGACGACUUGCCACCCGACCUGUUCACCGAGGAACAGCGACUGCAGGGUGCCAUCGUGUUACACUUUCUGGCCGCGAUCUACUUCUUCAUGCUGCUGGCGUACGUUUGCAGCGAGUACUUCCUACCGUCGGUCGAAUGUUUGUGCGAGGAUCUGAAGCUGUCGCAGGACGUGGCGGCCGCCACCUUUAUGGCGACCGCUACCUCAAUGCCGGAGUUCUUUACCAACACGAUCAGCACGCUGGCAGUAGACUCGGACAUUGGUGUCGGCACGAUCAUGGGCUCCAUGCUGUUUAAUACCUUGGGCGUUGCCGCGCUCGUUGGUUUGCUGACAAAGAUGCAUGUGCAGCUGGAUUGGUGGCCACUGACACGCGAUUCCAUUAUCGUCACCAUCUCCACCACGCUGUUGGUCGUGUGCGUGUGGGACGGUCGCAUCGAGUGGUACGAAGCGAUGCUCUUCAGCAUCACUUACGUGCUGUACUUUGUGGUGAUGUUUAAGAACGAGUCGUUAAAGAGGAUUGCCAUGCACUACAUCCAGAACCGGUGGAAUCUUUGCGGACGGUUGGAACCAGAGCCCGAGGAUGGCACGAUAGACGACAAGGUACCGAAGAAAUACAACAUAGCCAUCUUAGGGCACGCUAUCAAUGGAGUUCUCGUUGGGAUGGAUGUUGAAUCGACCAAGAAGCUUCCCCCGAGCAGUGAGUCUUCUACAAGUGCACCUAUCGAACCGGUAGAUCCAUCUCGCUCUAACAGUUCAGUGGAGUCGGUGAAAAGUGUGAAGUGGAGCGAGUUGACCCAACUUCCAGAAGCGUCUUUUGCUGGCUGGCGAACGAUUAUGUGGAUUUUUACCUGGCCGUACCGGUUUGUCGUGUUUCUGACCAUACCGGAUCCGCUUCGCUUCCGUAAGCUCUACCCACUGACGUUCGUGUGCUGUAUUGGGUGGAUCGGGGUGAGUGCCUACCUGGUGUUUUGGAUGAUCUCGGUGAUUGGAAAUACGUUUGGCAUACCGGACACGGUGAUGGGCAUGACGUUCCUUGCAUUUGGCGGCUGUAUGCCGGAAGCAGCAUCUGCAAUCACGCUUAUUAGGCGAGGUAAUGGCGCAAUGGGUGUUUCCAACUCACUGGGAGCAAAUACGCUCGCAAUAUUGUUCUCACUCGGGUUGCCCUGGUUUAUCAGGACAAUGAUCGACGGCGGUCCGUCGACGGGAGCGUACAUUGCGAUUCAGUCGUACGGUAUCCAGUAUUCGGUGCUCGCCCUGUUUGGAGCUAUCUUCACGCUCUACGCCGUACUGUACGUAGCCAAGUAUACGCUGCGAAAGAUGGUCGGACUGGCGCUAGCCGUUGGGUAUCUCGUGAUCGUCACGUUUAUGAUACUAGUCGAGCUGGAUGUAUUUUUCCCUGCCGACAAUCGAUGCUAGGGCGAAGACAUCUCGUCGUAUAGAUAGUUAAAACGGGGAAAACUGUAAUAUAAAUAAAGUACGAAGUAGAGUGUAUGCGAGAAUCUAACGCACACUGAAGCACGUGGCUAGGGGUGUCGUUCGUAGUGAGAAUGCAAAGUAGGUUUGUACAUUGUUAGGACAAUAGCUCAACUGAAUGUUGAAUUUAGCUGCUAGUAAAUUUAAAUUAUUUUUCGGCUCUUUGGGAACAGAGACGAAGAGCAUAUUGAGCAAAAUGAAUUGCUUUGUAAUAAAAUAGAUGUUAAAAAGUAAAAACAAACUCGUUUAAAAAACUUUUUGUAAACGUAUGAUAGCUGAAAGCCUGAAGGGUCAAUUGCACUUAACAAUGCUUACAAAUUCACUCAUUACAUUGCAUUUUGAGAACAAUAAAACGACCAACCAACAAGUACAACAGG